AUUAGGUAAAACAUGUCGCAAGGAGUUGCAACAGCUGACACUGUGCAAUAUGAGAAAGUUGUCCCAAAGGAUGAGCUUUAUCAAAAAUAUUCUGAAUGGGCUAUAGAUGCACAGUAUGAGCAGGACCUUUGUGAAACAAACUACCGAGCUCCGCUCAUAGCGGCAGAAGCGAUGGCCGAUUUGUUUCCUGAAGCUGUGAGAAAGGACCUCUACAUUUUAGACAUCGCUGCCGGCACUGGGCUGGUUGCUGGGCAUCUGAAGAACAGAGGCUUUGUAAAAAUAGAUGCUUUAGAGCCUGUCGAAAAUAUGAUAAACGUCGUCAAAUCAAAGAAUCUUUAUCUACGAACUUUCCAGAAUUUUCUCGGUGAAGACUCAGCCUAUAUCGAACCUGAUUACGAUGCUGUGGUGGUGUGUGGGGGUAUGUCGCCUGGUCAUAUACCAUGUAGUGGACUGGAUGAAAUGAUUCGCUUAACCAAACCAGGUGGUCACGUGAUCAUCGUAAUGUAUAAAAAAUAUCUGACCAGCGUAGAGGAGUUUAACGGCAGACUUGAACCACGCAUGAAACAGCUGGAACUGGAGGGCAAGUGGGAGGCUGUCUCUCGGAGAGUGGAACCAAACUACUACCAUGGCGGGGACGGUGCUGUCUUCAUAUUCAAAGUUACAGGAAAAUAAUGACGAAACAGCAUUAAACAAUAUUAAA